CAGCGACGUCGUACCGUUACCAUUGACCUCGCAGACAUGGCGCUCUGCAGAUGCACAGGGUUACUUCUCAAAAACAGUAAACUGCUUCCCUCUGCUUUAGCAGCGACCAGGCAAUGUAGUUCAGGUGGCCAGUAUCAGUACAUAGUGGUUGACAAAAAGGGUGAAAAGAAGAAUGUGGGUUUCAUCCAACUCAAUAGACCAAAGGCCUUGAAUGCUCUUUGUGAUGGGCUUAUGAUGGAGGUGGGCAAAGCCCUUGAUGCCUUCGAGGGUGACCGUGAAGUGGGAGCAAUUGUUGUCACAGGGAGUGAAAAAGCCUUUGCAGCUGGAGCAGAUAUUAAAGAAAUGCAGAAUCGAACCUUUCAAGAAUGCUAUGGUGGAAACUUCUUGGCACAUUGGAACAGGAUAUCAACAGUCAAAAAGCCUGUUAUUGCUGCUGUCAAUGGGUUUGCGCUUGGUGGAGGAUGUGAGUUUGCCAUGAUGUGUGACAUAAUCUAUGCUGGGGAGAAGGCACAGUUUGGACAGCCAGAAAUCCUGCUCGGGACCAUUCCUGGUGCUGGUGGCACUCAGAGGCUUACAAGAGCAGUGGGAAAAUCCCUUGCGAUGGAGAUGGUUCUCACAGGAGACCGAAUAUCAGCUCAGGAAGCAAAACUCUCUGGUCUGGUAAGUAAAGUAUUUCCUGUGGAUCAGCUGGUUUCAGAAGCAAUCAAAUGUGGAGAGAAAAUAGCUGGCAAUUCCAAACUUGUCUCUGCUAUGGCAAAGGAAGCUGUUAAUGCAGCGUUUGAACUGACUUUAGCUGAGGGCAAUCGACUUGAGAAAAGAUUGUUCCAUGCAACCUUUGCUACGGAGGACAGAAAAGAGGGCAUGACUGCCUUUGUUGAGAAGAGAAAGGCUGAUUUCCAGGACAAUUAAAAUUCCAGUGGAGAAAUAUGGUGAUAUUUAGAUUGUGAUAAAAUUUGCCUUAAUUUUCCUAUCAAGUGUUUAUGAAAAAGCAUCAAGAUUUAUAAUUGGGCUGUCAGACGAGCAUACGUGUAGUUCACUGAGUUUAGACUCAUUACAUUUACAUUUUCUGUUACAUCAAUAUAUGGGUAUCAAUCAUGGUCUGGUAUUAUCACUUUUAAAUCUUUGCUUCUACACCAUAAAUGAAGGGAUCCAGUACAUUAACAUGUAUGUAAUGAAACACUAAAUAAUGCAUUGUAGUUUACAUUUGAGCAGUUUUGAAAGGGGAAAUGUCAUUGCCUUCUUAAAUUGUUUGUGAUCGAGAUUUUGCAAAAAUCCUCUGAUUUGUCACUGAAUGCUGAUCUGGCCUUGCUUUGGCUCAUUCACUGGGAAAUGAGGUGAGAUCGUUCAAUUACACUUUGUGCACUCUAGGUGGUGCUGUGGCUGUAUUUUCAGUCACUCUUGCAGCGUAACCAGUGGGAUAAUAAAGUCGAUCUAAUGGAA